AUGGGGUUUCAUUGGCCUCGGCCAGAUGGGUACGUUUUUCGCAUCCCUGAAUCGAUUGAAGCCCUUGUUCUGACCGGGCUGUGUCCCAUUGAAGGCUACCCCAUGGCCAAAAACCUGCGCACCAAAAUACCUGCAACGGACACCCUUCUCGUUUGCGACGCCAAUUCAGAGACGGCACAGAAAUUCCACGCGGAGCUUACUGGUAAGCGCGUAGAAAUUGCAUCUGGUCCCCGAGAGCUGGCGGAGAAAUCGGACACUGUGAUAACCAGCCUUCCCGAGCCCCAGCAUGUGAAAAGCGUCUUUCACACGAUCCUCAAGAGCGGUCUACCUGCCAAAAAACGACUCUUCAUUGACUGCUCGACCAUCGACCCACUCUCCUCACGAGAAGUCGCCGACGCAGUUGUAUCCACGGGCGCCGGCCAAUUUGUCGACGCUCCCAUGUCAGGUGGUGUAGUGGGCGCGACGGCAGGAACCCUCACAUUUAUGCUUGGUGCUUCAUCAAAGAUACCGGAACUAGUGCCAGAGGCGGAAAAGGUUCUGCUCCUGAUGGGGAAAAAAGUGUGGCAUUUAGGAGAGCAAGGCGCCGGUUUGUCAGGAAAGCUGGCAAACAACUAUCUACUUGCCAUCUCCAAUAUUGCGACCGCUGAAGCCAUGAAUCUCGGGAUUCGAUGGGGUUUGGACCCGAAGUCCCUUGGCCAAAUGAUCAACUCAUCAUCUGGCCGAAGUUGGUCCAGUGAAAUCAACAACCCUGCCCCGGGCGUUGUGGAGUCGGCUCCCGCAUCGCGCGGCUAUUCUGGUGGGUUUGGGAUCAGUUUGAUGAAGAAAGACCUAAGGCUGGCCGUAGAAGCAGCAAAAAAAGCUGGGGCGCGCUUGGAGUUGGCAACAAAGGCCCAGGAGGUCUAUGAUGCAACAGAGGUCUCCCAUCGUGGAAAGGAUUUUUCAGUUGUGUACAAAUACCUAGAAGAAAACUCCAGUUAA